AGACCGAUACGGAGACAGAGAGUAGAAGAUAAGGAUGGUUGAAGAUGCUGAUGAAAUAGAAGGAGAGAGAAGAAACCCUCCCAGAUGAGUCUUCUCCUCGAGUCUACAAUCGGCGGCUCCAGUCUCGCGUCGAAUCUCGUCGCGGUGCAUCUUUCCGAGGUUCGUCUCUCUUGGGACUGAUCGAUCUCGAGCGGGCCGAAAGAUCGGUCACCGGUCCGCCGGAAAUCGAAAGUCGCUAAACGUUUGAUAGAAAAAAAUUAAGCGCCAUAUCGCCAAUUCAAUCAUAAAUCAUUUGCGACACGAGACAAAGUUAGUUCAAGUCAUAGCUCUUGGGACUCGAUUCACAGACUGCUGACCUAAGCGAGCGAUUUUUUGAGAAUGAUCUUUGAUCGCGACUCUUAGCUUGUUCACGCGUGAUCGCGUCGUUGAAGAUCACAACGUCACGUCGAACGUCAGUUAAUCGCGAUAUGCGCGAUCAUCGACUAGCCCACGCGUGUGUCGCAGAUCUAUUAGGGCGAAUAUUUGCGAUCAACUCGUGCUAGUUAUGGAAUUAUCCUAAACUACUGUUUAUCUAAACAGGCGGUGGAAUGAUCGCGAUUUGGGAAAAUCCCUUGAGAUCGACCAAAGAUCAUGCAUAUUAGAUGCACGAGUAUUGACGAGAGUGCGAGCUAAAAGGAUAAUUCAAGAUAGUGUCACAGAAGGAAUCACGGAUAGGAAGUUGCGAGUUCCUUGUGCAGGAUGUCCGCACUGCUAUUGUUGACAGCCUGGAUCGUCCUGGCAUGCCAAUUUAUCCAAGAUGGAGUAGCAACGGGACAACGAUAUACCCCGAAUCCCCAAGAUCUGGACAAUACCCUGCAAUCGGUGCCACCCCUUGGACCAAACGUGUGCAGAUCGAGAUUUAAAAACUAUUGCUGCCCAGGAUGGUCGAAAAAGCCGGAAACAGGCCUGUGCGUCAUUCCUAUUUGCGCAAGACGUUGCGGUUCUCUUGGAAAAUGCAUAAGGCCCAAUAUCUGUUUAUGUGAAGGCGGCGUCAUUGCUUCCGCCUGUGGCAAUGGGCAAAGCAAAGUCGUCACUCACGAGAUAGGAAAUGGCAGCGAUCGUGGUGAGACUGGCAGAUGCAGGGUUCAUUGUAUAAACGGAAAUUGUGUGGAUGGCCGAUGCCAGUGUCGCAGCGGAUAUCAAGGAGAGUUUUGUAAUGAACCAAUAUGUCACGAGCCCUGCUUGAAUCAAGGAAGAUGCAUUGGUCCGGAUCGUUGCGCUUGCAUCUACGGUUACACCGGAAGACGUUGCGAAACUGAUUACAGGACCGGUCCUUGUUACACAAAGGUGAAAAAUGGUCAAUGCUUGGCGAAUCUUCAAGGAGUGGUUUGCACACGGCAGAUGUGCUGUGCUACUGUGGGCAAGGGUUGGGGCCACCCCUGUGAGAGAUGCCCAGCUAGAUUGGAUUGCGAAUUAGGUUACUUAAAGACCAAUCAGGGCCAAUGUCUCGAUAUCAACGAAUGCGAAUCGAUUCCUGGGCUUUGCGAAGGUGGAAAAUGCCUAAAUACUCCCGGCUCAUUCACUUGUGAGUGUCCUGAGGGACAAGCGAGGGAUCCCGAAACCAACGAGUGUAAAGAUAAGGAUGAAUGUCAGGAAGAAGAUAUUUGCGCGGAUGGUCAAUGCAUAAAUACAAAUGGUGGUUAUUAUUGCCAUUGCAAUCCGGGAUUUAUACAGAGCCAGGAUCGUAAAUUCUGCAUCGAUGGCAGACAGGGAUUAUGUUACACAGCGGUGAACCGUAACGGACAAUGCAAAAAUCGACUUGCAAUGCGAUUGAGUAAAAAAGAUUGUUGCUGUGGCAAAAAUAUGGGUCGAGGAUGGGGCGAUGAAUGUUUUAUCUGUCCUAAUCCUGGCAGUGACGAUUACAACAGGCUUUGCUCGCAAACGCAGCCGAUCACGGUGGUGAACGAGUGCAUGCUGCGGCCGGACAUCUGUGGCAAUGGGAAGUGUAUCGACACUAGGGAGGGCUACGAAUGUGAGUGCUAUCCCGGUUUCACAAGGAAGGAAAGCGGUAGAUGCGUGGACGUAGACGAGUGCCAGUUGGAUUAUUGUCAAGGUGGAAUUUGCCGCAACUAUCCUGGUAGCUUCGCCUGCGAUUGCCCACCUGGCUUUGUUGUUUCCGGCGAGGGCAGAUACUGUACUGAUCACGACGAAUGCCAAGACACAGGUAUGUGCACCAAUGGACAUUGCAUUAACAUGAACGGAUCCUUUAAAUGCAAAUGCAACGAUGGUUACACGCUAUCACCAACAAGAAAUACUUGCAUAGACAUCAAUGAAUGUAUAGAGAAUCCGAGGAUUUGCCUAAAUGGUCGCUGCGAGAAUACGCCAGGAUCUUAUCACUGCAUCUGUCAAUCGGGCUUCACUCCUUCACGAGACAAUACCUUUUGCGUAGAUAUGGAUGAAUGCUCCACCAGCGGGAUGUGUGAAAAUGGCAAAUGCGUCAACAUGGAGGGUUCCUUCAAGUGCGUUUGCGACUCUGGCUUCAGGAUUGGUCCCGACCUGAGCCAUUGUAUUGAUAUCGAUGAAUGUGUGAAUUUGCCAUGCCAAAAUGGACGCUGCAUUAAUACGCCUGGCAGUUUCCGGUGUGAGUGCCACCCAGGAUUCAAUCUAGGUCCUGAUGGAAGAUCCUGUCUAGAUACGAGAAGAGAUCUGUGCUAUUCGCAGUACAGAGACGGCCAAUGCUCUAAUCCGACAUCCACUGCCGUAACAAAAUCCAGUUGUUGUUGCUGCACGGUGAUCCUGGGCCAACCAAUGGGCUGGGGUAGCAGUUGCCAGCCUUGCCCGCUUCCGGACACUUCAGAAUUUGAAGCCUUAUGUCCGCAUGGUGCUGGAAUGACCUACAAUGGCGAUGACAUCAAUGAGUGCGCUCAAAAUCCCAACAUUUGCAUCAAUGGCGCAUGCGAGAAUCUUAUGGGAACAUACCGAUGUAUUUGCGAUAAUGGGUAUGAAGUGGAUGCGACUGGAAAAAUAUGCAGUGAUAUCAAUGAGUGUGAACUGGAGGAUUCUUUGUGCAGCGGCGGACAGUGUCGAAAUACUCCUGGUAGUUUUCAAUGCAUUUGUUCGACGGGCAUGAGGUACAAUACGCAAAAUCAAAUGUGCGAAGACGUGGAUGAAUGUGAAGAGUUAGGACCAGAUGUAUGUUUCAACGGCAUUUGCAUCAACACUCCAGGAGCCUACGAAUGCGAGUGUUCUCCGGGAUAUAUUCUCGAUAAUACUGGCCAUAUUUGCAUGGAUAAUCGGAAGGGUUCCUGCUGGACUAAGAUGAUAGACGGUCGUUGUGAGAACAAUUUGCCAAAAGUAACUCUGCGUUCAGAGUGCUGCUGCUCGGUCGGGGUAGCUUGGGGUAGUCCCUGCGAAAUCUGCGAUCACUCUCUCUGCGAAUGCUCGAAGGGCUAUGCGAAAGUGGACGGCAAGGGCUGUGCGGACAUCAACGAAUGCGAACUCAACAGUGGGAUCUGCAAAGGCGGCGGCACUUGUGUUAAUACUGACGCCUCGUAUCGUUGCGAAUGUCCUCCUGGUCUUACCUUGGAUGCGACGCACACUACUUGCAUCGACACCAGACAAGAAACAUGUUUUUUGGAUUAUCGCCACGGCCAAUGUAUCAGUCCUAUAGAGGGCCACUUUUCUAAGAGUUUAUGUUGCUGUUCUGUGGGUCGUGCUUGGGGCAGCGACAAGUGCGAGCAGUGUCCCAAACUGGGUACACAGGCCCAUGCUGAGCUAUGCCCACGUGGAGACGGCUUUACCGAACGUCAGGAUAUCAAUGAAUGCGUCGAGUUCCCCGGAAUGUGUUUGAAUGGCAGAUGCAAGAACACAAUUGGCAGCUACAGUUGCAGAUGCAAUCAGGGUUUUGCACUCGAUGAAAAUAAUGUCAAGUGCAACGAUAUCGAUGAAUGCGAGAUCAUGCAUGGCGUGUGCGGUAAUGGCACUUGUAGGAACACGCCCGGCAAUUUCCAAUGCGAUUGCAAUCCUGGCUAUCGCAGUAGUGAUAUUAUGAAGAUUUGCAUGGAUAUAAACGAGUGCGAAGAAACGCCAGGAUUGUGCCGUGGUGGUAUCUGUAUUAACACUGAAGGGAGCUUUAACUGCCAAUGCCCUCCGGGACACGAACUUGGGCCCGACAAGCAAUCGUGCAAGGACAUCGACGAGUGUUCGAGAACCAGUGGUAUAUGCUCAAACGGCGUUUGUGAGAAUAUGAUGGGAACCUAUCAAUGCAUCUGCGACGAUGGUUAUCAACAGACAGGCUUGAGAUCCCAUUGCGAGGACAUCAAUGAGUGUGCGAUUGGCAACGGUGGCUGCGAGGACAUUUGCCUAAACACUCCGGGCAGCUUCUCUUGUUCCUGCCGCACCGGUUACGCUUUGAAUCUGGAUGGUCGAACGUGUGUGGAUGUUGAUGAAUGUAAGGAAAAUCCUCGAAUCUGCAACGGAGGUAAAUGCCGGAAUAUACCAGGCGGUUACGUAUGCAAUUGCACAAACGGCUUGCUACCCGGAAGAGACGGUAUAUCCUGCGUAGAUGUCGAUGAGUGUGUGACACAGCCAAGCAUAUGCGGAUACGGCGAGUGCUACAAUACGAUCGGCUCUUUUAACUGUCGUUGCGAAGAAGGAUACUCAGUGAAACCUGCAGAAGGACCGGCAUGCACCGACGAUGACGAGUGCCGUUUAAACGCUUAUUCCUGCAGCGAGUUCGCCGAAUGCCAAAACACCCAGGGCUCAUACGUGUGCACCUGCCAUGAGGGUUUUACCGGGAACGGAAUCGAGUGCUGGGAUAUCAACGAGUGCUCUACAAACAACGGCGGCUGCGACUCCAACGCACACUGCAUCAAUACUGAAGGUUCUUUCAAGUGCGUAUGCGAUGCUGGCUUUCGGGGUGACGGCUAUAACUGCAAGGACAUUGACGAAUGCGCGGAGGAUAACACGCUCUGCGAAAACGGGCACUGCCUGAACUAUCCGGGUGCUUAUCGCUGCGAGUGCGAGAUGGGCUUCAUGCAUCCGGAUGAGCGUAACGAGCAAGCAUGCGUAGACAUCAAUGAGUGCGAGAUGUUUAGCAAUCUCUGCGUUUUCGGCCAUUGCGAGAACAUCUUCGGUAUGUUUCGCUGCGAGUGCAACGAAGGCUACAAGCUCGAUGGUUCCGGCGGCAACUGCACCGACGUGGACGAAUGCGAGAGCCCACAAUCCUGCCAAUACGGAGUCUGUAUCAACACACAGGGUAAAUACAUCUGCAGAUGUCCACCGCAUCACGAAUUGGUGGAAGCCGGAAAUGCCUGUGUCGAUAGACGUGAAUCGCUUUGCUUCACGGGCUACGAGCACGGUACCGGACGGCCCCAGUGUGUCUUUGAAGUAUCGUCAUCGGUAACGAAGGCCACGUGUUGCUGCAGUAUUGGUACCGCUUGGGGUAAUCGUUGCGAAGAAUGCCCGCAAGUCGGCACGAAGGAAUACGAACAACUGUGCCCUAGCGGGCCAGGAUACAGGCCAAAUCGCGUGACUGUCAUUCUAGAAGAUAUCAAUGAGUGCGAGGAGCAUGAAAACAUUUGUCAAAACGGCCACUGCACCAAUACGUUUGGAAGCUUCAUGUGCUCCUGUAAUGAAGGCUUCAUCCUGGAUGAUUCUAAGACUAGUUGCAUCGACAUAAACGAGUGCGCGUUGCAUCCACGAAUAUGCGGCGUAGGAUAUUGCAUCAAUGAUCAAGGAAAAUACCAUUGCGAGUGUCCCGAAGGAUACAUGGCGAUGCCCGGAGGAAUCGACGAGUGCGCUCUAAUGCCAACAAUGAGUACUCACGGCCAUUGCAUGAAUACGCCCGGUCAGUUUGAGUGUCAAUGCGACCGUGGCUAUAUUUACGACCAGGAUUCACAUCAAUGUAUCGACGAAAAUGAGUGUCAACAGAUACCUAAUCCGUGUAGCGGAAACGCGCAGUGUAUUAAUCAACAAGGUUAUUUCGAAUGCGUAUGUCCGGCUGGUUACAAACUCGGGCCCAGCCAACACGAUUGCGUCGACAUCGAUGAAUGUUACGAACGACCGGGCAUCUGCAGCAAUGGUGCGUGUAGCAAUCUACAAGGUGGCUUCCAGUGUAUCUGUCAUUCCGGGUUCUCAUUAACGCGCGAUAGGGACAACUGUGUUGACAUCGACGAAUGCCAGCGCAAUCCGGACAUAUGUAAUAAUGGCACAUGCAUUAACACCUUGGGCUCCUACAAGUGUCAAUGCUACCAGGGAUUUAAGCUGAGCCCGAACAAUGAUUGUACAGAUAUUAACGAAUGUCGAAUCAUGCCGUUUUUGUGCCGUAAUGGUCGAUGCCGGAAUACAAUUGGUGGCUUUGUUUGCGAAUGUGCAGAUGGUUACGUGUUGGCGCAAGACGGCCAGCACUGUCGUGAUAUCGAUGAGUGUCAUGAGAUACCUGGAUUAUGUCCAUCUCCAGGGAAAUGUCAGAACUUAAUGGGAUCUUACAUAUGUACCUGUCCACUAGGAUACGAGCUGGAUCAGUCCAGAAGGAAAUGUGUUGACGUGGAUGAGUGCGUAGAAACGAGAGGCAUUUGCGAAAACGGGCAAUGCAUUAAUACCGAGGGCGGAGUGAUCUGCGAAUGUCCAAUCGGGUACCAGUUGAGCGAAAAACCGAAUUCGUUAAGGUGUAUUGACGUGAGGGAGGAACAAUGUUACGAUAAUUAUAGACGAGGCCAGUGUACUUUUCCACGGGAAGGUGGAAUGACUAAGAAACACUGUUGUUGCACGAUGGGCAAGGCUUGGGGUCGUUACUGCGAACAGUGUCCACCCGAAAAUAGCGAGGAAUUCAAGAGGAUGUGCCCGGAAGGGCCGGGGCGAGAUGAUGCCGGAAUUGAUCUGAAUGAAUGCCUGUUUAUGCCCGACGCCUGUCUCGGCGGCGAAUGUAUCAACACGGACGGCUCAUUCCGAUGCGAAUGCCCUACUGGAUAUGUGUUAGACGAAACUGGAAGGCGAUGCGUAGAUAACGACGAGUGCCUGAGUGUGCAGAAUAUCUGCGGCAAUGGUACUUGUCGCAACAUCGACGGUGGUUUCGAAUGCUCCUGCAACGAUGGAUACGCACCCGGAGCCCAUCAAGUCUGUGAAGACGUGAACGAAUGCUUGGAGCUAGGUAAUCAAUGUGCUUUCCGAUGCCACAACGCACCAGGCUCUUUCCGAUGUAUCUGUCCGUACGGGUAUACCCUGGCACCCGAUGGCCGUCAUUGCAUAGACGUCGACGAAUGCGUGACGCCGGCGAACGACUGCAGGUUUCAGUGUAAAAAUCUGAUCGGCACUUUUAUGUGUAUUUGCCCGCCUGGUUAUCAAAAGAUAGGAACAGCGGACGAGUGCAAGGAUAUCAACGAAUGUGCUAUUAAUUCCGGCCUUUGUCAACACGGCCGUUGUGUUAACUUGGAAGGAAGCUAUCAGUGCCUCUGCUACGAUGGCUUCGAACAAAGCGCGGAUGGAAAGUCAUGUAUCGAUCGAAGAGUCGGCUAUUGCUUCCUGCAAACAAUUGGCGGUAGAUGUACUGCCAGAACUACGGAAUUGCGUACGGUCACCAAAGCGGAUUGUUGUUGCACCAUGGGAGCGGCAUGGGGGCCACAUUGCGAGAUUUGUCCGUCCAGAGAUUCCGACAAUUAUAACGAACUCUGUCUGGAUAAAGGAUUCUCUGUAAAUGGACAAGAUAUCGACGAAUGCAAAACCAUACCCGAUCUGUGCAAGAAUGGCCUUUGCAUCAAUACCCUCGGCUCUUACAGAUGCAUUUGCAAUAAAGGUUACAAGGCUGAUAAAUCUGGCAUUCAAUGUAUCGACAUUAAUGAGUGCGAACUUACGCCGAAACCGUGCAAGUAUAACUGUCAGAACACCGAGGGUAGCUUUAUCUGCUCAUGUCCAUCGGGUUUCAUCCUAAAUCCCGACGGUAUCAGCUGCAGAGAUUUGGACGAAUGCGCAACGGGAAAUCAUCUGUGCCAGCAAAAUUGCAUAAAUACUCCGGGAAGUUACACUUGCGAUUGUCAGGAGGGCUACAUCCAACAAGGAGACGCAUGCCACGAUAUAAAUGAAUGUGAUCAACCAGGUAUAUGCCCGAAACCUGGCAAAUGUAUUAAUACAUUAGGUAGUUUUCAAUGUAUUUGCCCCAGAGGAUUCAAACUUGAUCAUACCGGACGAUUUUGUACAGAUCACAAUGAAUGUAGCGAUGAUGCUAAUUGUGAGCAUGGUUGUCAGAACCUCAUGGGGAGUUAUCGCUGUGGGUGUCCGGACGGUUUUGUACAACAUUUAUACCAUAGUCAGUGCAUAGACGAAAAUGAAUGUAAUACUUCACCAUGCGGCGACAGCACUUGCAUUAAUACAAUUGGCAGUUACAAAUGUGGCUGUCCUGACGGUUAUCAAUUUGACAACAAUUUAGCCAUUUGUAUUCAGGUAAGCGCUGGCUGUCUUGGUAGUCCAUGUGCUUUUGGAUGUACUCCUAAUGGGGCUAAUGGAUUUAUUUGUGGCUGCCCAACUGGUUAUCAACGAAUAGGACAGGGUCAUUGUUUGUCUACCAUUAAUCCAUCGCAUCAAGGACGCUACGAUGAGGACAUCGGUAAUGUGCCAACUUUCCAAAUCAAUCCCGAUCCUUAUCAUAUACCGCCAGCCGACGAUAAGAUAAUUUCCACGGAAGGCUGUUUCUCCUGCAAGAUAAAUGGAAAAGAGCGAUACAGAAGAGGUGCCAGGAACAGAUCAGUAGGUGGAGGAAUCAGAGCGAAGAGGAAUGAGAUAAAGAAGAAACUUCGAAACGUUAGGCGGAAGAGGCAUCAUCACGGAACAGAACACUUGCUUAAAAUCAAUUUGCGUCAAACAAGACAUCGCACGCGGAUUAUCAAGCUGCAAUCUGCCAUCCAGGGCGAGGAUGUGGACUACACCAUCACACGGGGCAACAAAGACGGGCACUUUGAGAUCAUUAGGGAACAUGGCAUUUCCGCUCUACACUUUCGGCACCGAUUGAAAACACCAGGAGAAUUUCAUAUAGUCAUUCACGGUCGAUCCAAGAAUGUGACUGCAACGAGAACGGAAUGGGAAAGACCGCUAACGUUUGCAAUCCAUCUCAUAGUCACGGAAUAACAUCGGGAAAAAGAUUCGGGAUAAUCGAAUUAUUUGAGAAGACCACUGCCCAACACUGCGUAACGCUUUCUCUUAGUCAAUUUUGCGAAAUUAUUUUGAGCUACGGCGAAGUAUUAAAAACACCAACGUACGUAUAAGAGAGAAAUACAAGAUAAUAACGGAUAAUAAAAGCUAAGGACGAAUAACAGAACAUCCUAUUCUCGGAAAGUUUGGAAUUUUUAAGUAUAGCAAUGAUUGAGAAGGAGGAGCGCCUUCCUUGACCUUUUGUGUUCACUCGCAUGCAUAAAUUACAUUAUUUAGCUGCCAGAUAAUAAAUAUAUUAUUUUACAAAUGAUAAUUACUCUUUACGACUGCCAGCUUAUAACAUCUUCGUUAAUUUCAUACUCUCAAUGCAUUUAUUGAAUGCUUUGUUUUUCUCAUCAAUCAAGAAAAUUUAUAUAUAUAUAAAAUAAUUCUAAUAAUAAAUAUUUUAUCAGUGUUGAUUAAUCAGAAAUCGAAGAAUAUUAAACUAAUAAUUCUCUGUGCGUCGUCAAGAAAAAAGUGUUCUCUCGCUCUACUGCCUACAAUAUUAUUACGUAAAUGCGAUUAGAUUAGAAAUAACACACUAGAUGUACAAACGCGCUAGAUUACUGUAGCUUUAAGUAAGCGAACGCACGUGUACACAUAUACAAAAGAAGAUAUAGCUUUAUAUAUAUACAUAUAUAUAUAUAUAUAUAUUUAUAUAAAUUUUAACUUGAAACAAAAAACAUGGCAUGGAAUAUUUCACUUAUAAAAUCAGUACAUAAUGUGCUUAAAAAUUUCAAAGAGAAUUUAUUAUUUUGUCGUUAUAGCCGUUUGAUUAUGUCAUUAUUUCGUGUCCACAUUGUAGUAAAGAUUUUUAAUUAUGUAUAAUACACUACAGAACAUGUCAGUAUAAUAAAGAUGUGAAUAGAAUUUA